CACUCAGUCUUUCUUGCAGUUACUUCGUGCAAAAUGGCUGCCGACACGAUGAAAGUUAAAUUAAGUUCAACGGGAACUUGUUUCAUUUUGGUCUUUCUUAUAAACACAGUGUAUGCUGGAAACAUUGAAGAUGGCAAAAAGAUUCUUCUGUAUGUUAAUAAAGUUGGUCCUUAUUUCAACCCUCACGAAACGUAUCACUACUAUUCGUUGCCUGUUUGUGCUCCAGAAAAGAUUGAGCAGAGAAGUUUGACACUUGGUGAAGUUCUUAAAGGAGACAGGAUGGCAGAAUCUAUUUAUGAAAUCCAUUUCAAAAAAUCUUUUUCAAACAAGCAAGUUUGCUCGAGACGACUUUCAUCUGCUGAUCUUCGGCAAUUACGAAAUGCUAUUGAAGAUCACUAUUAUUUUGAAUUUGUUUUAGAUGACAUCCGCCUUCAUGGAUUUAUUGGUCAUUUCAGUGAAGGUCAUCUUUUGCCUCACACCCAGAGUGUUCAACUAUUCACUCAUUUGCAUUUCAUUAUUACAUAUAAUGGCAAUCAAAUAAUAUCUGCAAAUGUAUCCACUGGAGCACCAGUUGACCUACCUGAAACUGGAGAAAUGAAAAAUGUACAAUUUACUUAUGGUGUUGAGUUUGUUAAAACAAAGGAGACAAAAAGAGUUAGGAAUACAGAUGGGGACUUUUUUCCACAGAGUCUAGAGAUUCAUUGGUUGUCAAUUAUUAAUUCAGCGGUUCUUGUGUUUCUUCUUAUUGGUUUUGUCAUCAUUAUUUUGAUGCGAGUGUUGAAGAAUGAUUUUGCUCGUUAUAAUGUUGAUGAAAAUGAUCUUGAAGGAGGACAAGAGCAAGAUGAUUAUGGUUGGAAGAUUAUAAAUACAGACGUAUUUAGGUUUCCAAAUUAUAAAAGUUGGCUUUGUGCAAUUUUGGGUAAUGGAUCUCAGUUUCUUACGAUAUGUUUUGGUAUCAUCUUGAUGGCAAUAUUUGGCAUGUUUAGUGUUCAUAGACAUGGUUCAAUGAAUACAGCUUCUGUUCUAAUAUAUGCUCUCACUUGUUGUGUAUCUGGUUAUGUUGCAAGUUCCAUGUAUAAGAAAAUAGGAGGCAUUAACUGGGCUUGGAAUAUUGUGCUCACAGCAACCUUGUUUGCAGUUCCAUUCUUUGUCAUCUGGAGCAUCAUGAACUCUGUAGCAUGGUACAAUAAUUCUACUCAAGCAUUACCAUUUACAACAAUAGUACUACUUAUGCUUAUUUGGUUAAUAGUUGGAUUCCCCUUGACAGUUAUUGGUGGAAUAUUUGGUAAAAAUUGGUCAUCACCAUUUGGAGCACCUUGUCGUACAAAAAACAUCCCUAGGGAAAUACCCCAGCCAGUGUGGUAUCGUUCACAUUUUGUUCACAUGAUUGUUGGAGGGUUCUUGCCAUUCAGUGCUAUCUCGGUGGAACUGUAUUACAUAUUCUCAACUAUCUGGGGUCAUGAUCACUACACUCUUUAUGGCAUAUUAUUGAUUGUCUUCCUUAUCCUGCUUAGUGUUACUGCAUGUAUCUCUAUUGCACUUACAUACUUCCAACUCUCUAGUGAAGAUUAUCGAUGGUGGUGGAGAUCUGUGUUCAGUUCAGGGUCAACUGGCCUAUUUGUGUUCUUUUAUUCCAUGUUUUAUUUCAUGAAACGUUCAAGCAUGUCAGGUGCUGUUCAGACAACACAAUUUCUAGGUUGGACAAUCCUCAUUUGUUAUAUAUUCUUCCUCAUGUUAGGGACUGUUUCAUUUUUUGUCUCUCUCCACUUUAUUAAGUACAUCUACGUCAAUCUAAAAAAUGAUUAAAAUUGUAACAUCUCUCUUCUGGCAAAUUUUUGCCUACUAAAAAGUACCAGGUUCCUGAUUUCAAGCUAGCCAAUAGGAUGUAGUGAAUGUUUUAAUCUAUGAAAAACUAUGAAAACUGUGGUUAUAGGUUUGGUGACUGAAAUGACAUCAUACAUGUAUGUCGAUGAAUAAGCUGUCGUAUGUCAAUGUAAAUAAUUGAACUUGCUGUUUGUGAUGAACAUUAUUCAGUACAUUAUCCUUUUAUGUUACCUUUUCCAUAA